AUGUCGGACCCCACAGACGUCCUCCUCAUCGGCCUCGGAUCGAUCGGUACAGUGUACGCGUACUUGCUUGAGCGGUCAGGCAAAGCUCGUGUCACCGCCGUCGCACGCUCCAACUAUGACGUCUACGCCAACAACGGCGUGAGCCUCGUCACUGACCGCUUCGGCACCAUCCAGUACAAGCCUUACCGAGUCUUCAAGUCGCAAGAAGAAGCGCUCGCAGACGGGACAAAGUACGCGCUGUGCGUCGUGGCUACUAAGUCGCUGCCCGACGUCCUCCCCACCCCGACCCUGCUCGCGCCCUCCAUCGCGUCCGACCAGGUCGGCGCGUACGUCCUGAUCCAGAACGGCCUCGGCGUCGAGACCGAUCUGCACAAGGCCGCGCCGUCGACCCCGAUCGUCUCGUGUCUCGCGUGGAUCUCCACCACCACCUCACAAGGCGGCAGCGUCGUGACGUGGAAGGGGGCCGACAAGCUCGGGUGUGGCGUGUACCCGCCCCCCUCCGACCAGCGCGUCAGCUUUAGCGCGCCCGAGACGCACGCGCUCGAGCUGUGGACCAGCCUGCUCAAGGAUGGCGGGGCCGCGGUCGUGCAAGCGGACAACAUCGAGAGCAUGCGGUAUUCCAAGAACGUGUUGACAGCGUCGUGGGCCGGCCUGCAAGGUCUUGCGCGCACCCAGGCGGCGUGCUUUGCGGGCCUGAGCGCCGCGCACCACGCCCAGAUCAAAAAGUACCAGCGCGAGAUCAUCUCGCUGGGAUUCAAGACGGGUCUGCUGGUCGAGGGCAUGACGCUCCAGCCGAUGGGCAACACGGCCGAGGGCGUCGAAGAAACCAUCGAGGCGGACUUCAACCGCUUUGUCCUCGCCCCACAAGGCUCGCCUGUGACGCAGCACAAGUGGUCGCUCCUCGUCGACAUUGAGAAUGACCGCCCGUUCGAGGUGGAGGUCAUCCUCGGUUCGGUGGUGCGCCUCGCCCAGAGUGUCGGGCACGACACGCCACUGGUCGACUUUGCGUACACGGUGUUGAGCGGUGUGCAGGCUAGUAUCCUUGCCAAGCGCCAGGGAUAG